CUAAAAUUGAUAUUUCUGCUGUCUGUGAGUGUUUCAACGCAUCCUGGAUAGUCUCGUGAUCGAAAACCGACGUCAAACGAUGUUUUUACGCUUCGAUCGAAAAGUCCAAGAACAUUCCCGAGAUCGCAACCUCUCUCGAGACAGCUCGAAUCAUGCCCAGAGCCGUUUUUCCAGAAAUCAAUUCUCUCGUUUUUUAUUGCCCCUUUUGCGUAUUUCCGAGGGAAGAACAAAAUCAAAGAUAACCUCGUUGGAACGGAGAGACCGCGUUUGUAUAUUAAUUGAAAAAUUAAUUCCAAUUUAUAUCGGAGUCAGACUGCACAGCUUUAUUGCCCGUAAUAACCGUCGGGCCGUCACGAAUAUCGUAGCUAUAAUCUUGUUUCAUCCAAAUGAUAAUAAAUGUACGUAGCCCCCGCUACGACAACUUGAGUAUUUAGCGCUGUCAGCCUGAUGAGCUAUGCUCGAGUCUCUGAAUUCUAGUACUUCAUCACUCUUCUUGUACAAAAUAUUUGUACAUUUUCGAUGAUUUCGUAACGUUAAUUGUUCAUUGAUAUAUCGUGCUACUAACUGAAAAAAGUGUUUGCUAUGAACUAAAAAAAAAUAGACAUGGAGAAAGUGCGCCAAAAAAAUCCGCCGAAGCUGCCAUCUACUUGCGUGAGUGCGUAGCAAUUAGUUCUUGCGUCGAGCAACGUAAAUUUCUCUGCUUGAAUUUCAAGAAUUACAUCAAUCCACAAAGUUUGUACAAUUUCUACACACACCUACAGUUUCUUCCGCUCUCUGCUUAAUGUUCACGAGAAAUCCACGAAAAUUAGCGGAGUUUUGAUAAUUUAGACUUGAAGCGAAAAACCCGUGAACUUUGACGCUGAUGCGGGGAGCCUAGGAGUGGGGGUGGGGUGGCCAAAAAACGGUGGAGUGACGAAUCACUGCUUACAAUGCUUAAUGUGUAUCCUCUCGUGCUUAUUCACACACUGUUUCGCGGGCCUCGUCCCGUUUUGUCCUGCGGCUGCUGCUGCUGCUGCUGCUGCUCUUGGCUACUGAUGCCUCCCUCUUUCGCCUCCACCUGAGCUAACAUAAAUCGACGAGUGUACCGUAGAAGGGAGCCAGUACGCUGAGCGACUUUGAUCAACCGGCAACAAUCGCGCCUGGUGUUUAUCGCAAUCCAAGCUUAAUUCUGUCAUUCAUAAAAUUUCUAUUCGUUCAUUUCCCAUCAAAGGAAUCCGAAUAUUUGUUGGAAGUUGUACGAUCGUACGAGUUCUCAUCGUAAAAUUCAGUUUUCGUCGCGUACAACGGAUUGGUGGUUAAACAUUAAAUUUGGCGGGCUUCUACAGUUUUGUGAUAAAAUGUGAGCGAAUUUAACGAAAAGCUUGAAAUAAUACAAUACAUUUGAUUGAGUUGAGAAAUAAAAAUGUGCAAGUGAAUAAUUUUCAUAUUAAAUUAUAAGAAAAUUCAACGUGUUACAAUCGGGUCAAAAAGUUCAAUAAGUCAAACAAGUCCAUCAGUGUUCAGGCAGUCCUUCGAUCAUCAGUUCGUUGGUCUCGUCUUUUUGAAUAUUGAAACAUACGAUUUAAAAUCACAAUUGUCAUACUAAAUUUUUUUCUGAGUAACGAUGAUAUCGAUAACGAAUUUUAUCGAUCAAGUGCUUCGAACGUUAUCCGACUAUCGCAAGAGCAUUGAAAUGUGCGCUCAAUCGUUUUGAGAUAAAAAGCUCCCGCGUUUGUGACGAGUUUCGAGCGGAGUUUCAACUUGAGAUUUUUAAUUGUGACAUUAUUAAAAGGCCGAUCGGUAAAAGUGUUGGGGGAGGGAGAAAAGUGGUUGCUUCUUACUCGAAGCCUACUGUAUAAUUCGUGAUGGUUACGUGAAUGUAAAGUGAUGAUAAAAGUAAGGAAAAUCUUGAAUAGCGAGGAAAAAUGACAGACAGCAGGAAGUGUUUGUAGCGGGAGUGUGAUCAAGAAUCCAGAGAUCGAUUGCGAAAGAUUAAAAUUGAUAGUGCAAGCAGACAUCGCGCAUGUAUGCAUAGGUAUUCACACACUUAUAGGUGCGCGAUAGGAGGGACGCCCGCCAAGAUCUAUUCGCUCGGGAAGACGAGCGCGCACUGAAGUUCGAGGCGAACGACAGUAAAAGAGAGAUAAAGAGAAACAAACCGGUAUAGUUCUUCCCAGUUCUUCCGCGGUGUUGUAAACGACAGAACCACAGAAACGUUCGGGCGGUCGGGAGGGAAAGGGACGACGAAUCUUCGCGUACCUCGAGAGACGUGCUUCCGAACGGGAAUAACCCAAAAAAAAAAACUAUGAACCGUUGAUUAUGAAAUCGAGAUUUUCACAUUCGUGGGGACAAUCCGUCGAUAAAUUUCGUUCGAAAACGAUGAGGCGUUCUAAAGAAAUGAAGCGGAGAUUUUAUCCGUUGGAAAAACGACGUUCGGUAGCUUCGAUGUGUCGAAAGAAGUCUUUUCUCAUGCUCGGUGCUGCUUCGAGCGCGUCGUUAACGCUCUUCGUGUCGAUCGUCUGCUUUGCUGCGUUGACGAAAACAACCCUUGCUCUCACGACCCCAAAGCCCAACACCAUCGUACAAGUUUCUUUGAACGAGACGGUCCCCGAUAUCAGUUACCGGACAUUACCGAGGGUGGGAAAGUGUUGUGCGAUCGAUGAGGUCCUCGUGAAGGACGGAAAUGAAGAUUCAAAAUGCGUUUCGAUCGCGUCCCGGCUACGCUCCACGGACGACAACGAUUCGGACGUAUUUUCGCCGCUGUUCAGCGAUUUCAACCAAACGGGAGCACUCGCGCCGGGGGACAAAUACGAUCGGUUUCUCGCGAUCGUCGGCGACCCGUGUCGCUUUAAAAGGUACAUGCUGUCACCGAGCGAAUCGAGCGACGACGAGUAUUACCUGUUGCUGAACGGUUCGAUUUUCGCCCCUCGUCACAUGCCUUCGAUGUUAUCCCCAGGGACCGAUUAUUGUAUGGACAUUGUGCCAGGUCUUGGCACUGUAGCGCUCGUCUGCUUCGACCAAGAGAGCUCAAUAUUGACAGCGGACUCGAGAAUAACGUUUUACGCCUGCGGACUGUUAAUCUCGGUGCCAUUCUUGGUGCUGACCAUCGUGGCGUACUGCAUCACGCCGUGCCUCAUGGACGUUCAUGGAAAAGCUCUUUGUCAUUAUUGCGGCUGCUUGGCUGUCGCGUUCGCAACGCUGGCCAUCGCCCAACUUACGAGCAGCCACUUGUCCGAUCAAAUGUGCAUUUCUAUCGCAUUCGUGAUCCAAUUCUCAUUCGUCGCCUGUUUCUUCUGGCUGAACGUAAUGUGCAUCGAAACGUGGCUCCAAGUACGAAGACACGUUAAAGAGCCAGUGGACGAAAUCGACGGUGGAGCUGCCUUGAAUGGGAACGCCGGACUGCGCUCCUCCGAACGUGAAGCCAAAAAAUUAUUUUUCUACUACUCUCUUUGGGCUUGGAUUCCUCCGUUGAUCUUAAUCGUCUUGUCCAUGAUAAUGGAUUUGUCGCCCACGAUCCCAACCACAUACGUCAAACCUAAUUUCGGGGCUGAAAGCUGCUGGUUCCAAUCCGACCAAGAAGCGAUGCCAUACUUUUACGUUCCAGUCGGUUUGCUGGUUGUGGCAAACAUCGUACUCUUUACGAUGACAGCGAUAACAAUAACGCGUCACCAGCGUGAGUUGGAUCUACGACGGCUGGCGAGAAACCGUGACUCCGAUCGAGAGGAGCAACGCAUUUUCCGGCGUCUCAAGCGCGUAUUUUUGGUUUGUCUCGGUCUCUUCUUUCUAAUGGGAAUGAAUUGGGCGAUGGAAUUGAUAUCGUGGUGGGCUGGCGGCGAUCCGCUCGCGUGGUCCGCUUUCGAUUUAGUAAAUGCCCUUCAAGGUCUGCUCGUUUUUGGUAUUUUUGUGAUGAGGAAACCCGUUCGUACCAUCGUUUGGUAUCAGGUACAAAAAAUUCGUGGCAACAAUGUUACCGAGCCGGAUGUGAGCAGCGCCGAUCGUAGCUUAAUCGCUAUCCUAAACAGCGACACACUCUCGAGGCGGGUCGACUGUUGAGGAAAAAAUAGAAGAAUGUAUGGUAAAAUCAUGAGUUUCUGAUUGGGAAUUUCAUUCCAAGGAAAUAGCGUCACUCGGAGAUUCGGCAAAAAUUUGAAACAAAAACCUCUUGGGUACCCAUCAAUUCUCUAUACGAAGUUUUUUCCUCACGAGAAAUCCUCUGAACAAUCUUCCAGAAAAUCUAGGAUACUGAUCGUAUCCUCGAAAAUAUUAAUAAAACCGCCUUCGUCUGAGAGAAUCAAAGCCAAUAUCAAUGUGAAAAACCUUUGCCACUGUUAUUGUGAAUUUUGACGUUGGCUCACGAACGAAGAGUAGGCAGCCUUCAGAUUGUUGCCUGAUGGACAUGUUGUGAAAUUCUGAUGGUACGUUUUAUUCGGCUGAAAUUCCACGCACAUUUUCAAAACGAACAAAAACUGUACAAAAAUUGUUAACCUGCAAUGCCAAUGCUGUGGGACAACUCACAAAAAACGAGAAAAAAGUGUAUUUAUGUAUUCGAAAUAUGUGGUUAGUGGUUCGUCAUCGUGUCAUCGAAGGAAGAAAGGAAAGGAACGAGCAUUACUUUCUAGUCGAAAUCUUGAAUUCUUGAGGUUGUAUUAGAUUAUAGGGUCAUCCAUGAUCGGCGUUUCAUCAUAAGCAGAAUAUCGUAAUAUAACAGGAUAAAAAUAGUUUUUAAACGUAAUUUCUGAACUGCGUGUACCGUUGUUUCGAUUUAAUCGUCAUAAUGUCAUUAAUUAUGAAGACUGUAAUGCUUCCGAACAAAUUUAACUCUGACGAAAAAAAAUGAUUGCGUCAAUCCGGCCUCCAAUUUGACUAGGAAAUAAUCCACACGUUUCUUCAAACGAUUUCAAUUCUAAAGGAUUUGCUUAAAAAACAGUGUUUUGAAAGGAAGUGAAACUUUCAACGAUUGAAAAAAUUACUGAUUCCUCGAAAUAGCGAAUAAUAGGAGCAAGUAGUUGCGCAAAAUAAUUUGUAAAGAUAUCGCCAUUGUGCUCUCGAAGUACGAAAUAUUUGCACGUGGCAGAUUUUUCGCUAAUCACUCGAGAGUUGUGUAACCUUGCCGAUUGCGCAACGACCCGAGUGGGUUGUGCAAAUCGUCUUUCAAGUGCCUUUUAAUGUGCAGUCGUCUCACAAGAAAGAAACAAAAAAAAUGACUCAUAAAUUCGUAGAGGCGUUUCUGCCUAAUUUUAGCGUCUGCCGUGUGUUCCAGCGAAAACGUUUGACUUUCGUCUGCACGUAUGUGAAUUAUAUCAGAAGUGUGCAAAAACGAUUACGGACUGAGGCUUUUGGCUCAAGGCACGAAAGCCCAUUUUCGUUUCGACGCGAAAUGCCGUUGUUGCAUUCACGCUCUCAAAUAAAUUACGAAUGUUCUCGCGCGAAGACUGUUAAACAAUAAUUAAGUAUUAAAUUAUUACCUCGUAACUGUCCACGCGAAUCUUUGUCAUUUUUCUUCAAAGGCCAACUCUGUUUGUAUGAAAAUACUAUUAUUUUUCUUUUAUUCCACAGCCCAUUCGUACAAUUUCAUCUACAUCAAAUAUACACAUGUCUGCAUAUA